GAGUGCGAGAAGAGAGCAAGAUACAAGAUAGGGGUGGGAAAGAGGUGGAAAAGGCACCGAACGCACGGAGACAAAAGCUCAAUGGUGGGCACCCGCAAGCAUGAGACACUGUGCGGGAGCGCCGAGCGUGGCCUGAGGCCAGACCGCCAGUAGGACCCGCACCGGAGGCCGGGAGGGAGAGAGGGAGGGAGAGGGGGAGAGAGGGAGGCGGAAGAAACAUGGCCGCUUCGGUAGGGCCCCAGGGUGGCCCGCGGGCUUCCGUUCCGGCUUCUAUGCCUGACAUACCGGACUUGAGCCACCUCACAGAGGAGGAGAGGAGAAUAAUCCUGGCGGUGAUGGCGCGCCAGAAGGAGGAAGAGGAGAAAGAGCAAGCCAUGUUGAAGACGCUUCAUCAGCAAUUCGAGAGUUACAAGGAGCAGGUAAGGCGGAUCGGGGCAGAGAACAAACGGCAACAAGCCACCCACAAGGACGAUGCCCCGACCUGCGGGAUCUGCCGCAAGACCAAGUUUGCUGACGGCUGCGGGCACCUCUGCUCCUACUGCCAGACCAAGUUUUGUGCCCGCUGUGGUGGAAGAGUGUCUCUACGCUCCAACAAUUGUCUCAUAGGAAAGGACAGGGUGAUGUGGGUAUGCAACCUGUGUAGGAAGCAGCAGGAGAUCCUUACUAAAUCUGGAGAAUGGUUCUCAUCAGGGCCGAGAGGCAGGCCUCUGAGCGUGGCCGGCCCUGAGGCUGACCGGGACGGGAAGCUGCGUUCCAGGUCACAGGCUACAGCCGGAGCUAACCCCGCUAGUGCUAACGACGCCCAGCCAGCCACUGACCGGCCCAAGGGAGCAGACAUCAUGCCAGCCUCGCGAGCUCGCAGCGAACCUCCACGAGAGAAAAAGAGGCCAGUGUCUCUACAUGAGCAGAAUGGCAAGGUCAUUGUCAGAGGUGAGAGGAGAGUGGGACCGGGCAGGCAGCUGAGUCAGGCUUCAGAAGAUCGUGCUCCAGCAGAAAGGCGAGAGAGCAGGCGUCUGGAGAAAGGCCAUUCACAAGAAUAUGACCACUCUGGUGACACUGCCCAUCCUGACCAGAGGCGUAGAAAAGAAGAAGAGGAACGGGAGCGGGAAAGGCAGCGAAGGGAAGAGGAAUACCAAAAUCGCUACUGUAGUGAUCCCAACCUGGCCCGCUACCCUGUCAAACCUCAGAAAGAAGAACAAGAGAUGCGCAUGCAUGCCAAAGUGUCCAAAAUGCGACAAGAACGUCACCACAGUGACAUGGCCAUCAAUGAAGUAGGCCUGGCUCAAGAUGGUUGUGAGACCCCAGGCAGCCGGCUAAGCAGGAGGGCAGCAGGCAAUGAAAACCGCAAGGCACUACUGGAAAACCACAGGGCAUACUCUGUGGACAGGACCGUGGGGGGUACUGCUGGUGGGGGGCCUGUACCCCUCCAAAAACAGGGUCACAGUGGUUCUCAUAUGAGCCCCGGGGGCUCCCAAGACCUCAGGGAUGGACAGGAUUGGGGCCUCAAAGGCUACUUGGAGCCUGGUUCAGCAGCAUUACUGCACAAGACCAAGCGCGAGAAGGCUGCUGAAAGCUUCCGGAAAGAUUCUUCUCUCAGUUCAGACCAGUCGGAGUGUCUCCGACCACCUCCUCCCCGUGGUUACAGGCCCAAACGAGGCCUCAACAAGAGGCAGAUGUCCAUUAGCAGUUCAGAAGAGGAGGGAGGGUCCACGCCCGAAUAUACUAGCUGUGAAGAUGUUGAGAUUGAGAGCAUCAGCGAAAAAGGUGACUGGGAUUGCCAUCCUCUAGACCCCACUGUAUGGCAUCAUCCUGUUACGUGGCAGCCAUCAAAAGAGGGAGAUCAUUUGAUCGGCCGCAUCACUCUGAGCAAGCGCUCAGCCGUGCCUCGGGAAGCUGGCUCACUGCUCGGGCUGAAGGUGGUUGGUGGGAAAAUCACAGAGACUGGGAGACUUGGAGCGUUCAUCACCAAAGUCAAGAAAGGAAGUCUCGCAGAUGUUGUAGGCCAUUUACGAGCAGGUGAUGAGGUGCUGCAGUGGAAUGGGAAGGCGUUGCCUGGAGCAACCAAGAAAGAAGUAUACAACAUCAUUUUAGAGUCGCAGUCUGCACCUCAAGUAGAAAUAGUGGUUUCAAGGCCAAUUGGAGACAUACCAAGAAUUCCAGAGAAGUCACAUCCUCCUCUUGAAUCUACUGGUUCCAGUUCUAUAGAUGAGUCUCACAAGGUGGACCGUCCCUCCAUCUCCGUCAUGUCCCCUACCAGUCCGGGAAUGUUGAGAGACCUGCCUCAGGACCUACCAGGCCAGCUUUCAGUGAAACUGUGGUACGACAAAGUGGGCCAUCAGCUUAUCGUCAACGUAUUACAAGCCAUAGACCUGCCUUCUCGUCCAGACGGCAGACCACGCAACCCUUACGUCAAAAUGUACUUCCUUCCUGAUCGGAGUGACAAGAGCAAGAGGAGGACGAAGACGGUGAAGAAGAGCUCAGAGCCAAGGUGGAACCAGACGUUCCUUUACUCACACGUUCACCGCAGGGACUUCAGAGAGCGCAUGCUGGAGAUCACCGUGUGGGACCAGCCGAGAGCGCAGGAGGAGGAGAGCGAGUUCCUUGGAGAGAUCCUGAUUGAGCUUGAAACGGCUCUGUUGGACGAUCAGCCACACUGGUACAAGCUGCAGACCCAUGACGUGUCCUCUCUCCCUCUACCACAACCCUCCCCAUACCUCCCCCGCAGACACGUCCACACCGACAGCCCUAGCAAGAAGUUACAGAGAUCUCAUCGCAUCAUUGAGACUGAUUAUGAUGAUGCUAUUACGGUAGUGUCUUCAGCAGCAGAGAGGAACUCUAGAGAGAGGGAGAGGUGCAGCACUCUGACAGUUCCCGAGAGGCAGGCAGCCAUUCAGCAUCGCUCUCGCUCCGUCUCCCCACACAGAGAGGACCAGUGUAGAGGACGUUCACGCCACACACAUGUCCCCAUGCAGAGGAGUCUGGAUGAAAUUCGCCAGAAACGUCAUCAUUCCCAGUCACCCACUCACUACUACAAUCCACAGCAGGAGCACCGAUCUGGAGACUCAGACUAUGACUACUCAGAGGACAGUGAGGUCCUGGAGAUGCACAGAUCAAUCCGGGGCGGGAGCGCUGAGUGCCUGCACACAAACAGGAACUUAGCUAGACACUGUAAUACUUUGCCCCCAAAGAUGCCUUUGUUAGUGAAUGGCAUUCACAAAGACAUAUACAGUGAUCUUCAGCCCUCGUUGGACAGAGUGCGAAGUGCCAGUACGACCUGUUUGAGGCCUGAGAGCAGUUUCCGCUCCCCUGACAGAGAAAGGCUAUCAGGCAGUUUGGACAGGCCUGUGUGCACAAAAACUAACAAGAAAUCCAUUGACAAUGACAGGAUCCAGCCCACCUCCAUCCUGCGGGGCAGCAGGUGGAGGAGAGAUGGCCCAAUCCGGCCCUUUGCACACUCCAGCCAGGACAGAGCACAUCUGCAUGGUGGACACAACUCCCCUACAGAGUCUCCCUUAUCAGUGCGCAGAGGAAGACAGCUCCCACAACUCCCUGCUAAGAGCAGCAGUAUAGAGCAAGCUCUGGCAGUAGAAGAGCGAGCUCGGCAGUUGAGUCAGAUGCGGGUUCCAUCAUAUCGGCCAGGUUCGUCUGCCAGCUCAGGCCAUGAACAAGACAUGGAUCUGAAGAACAAGAGAGAUAUGUACAAGAGGAGCUGUGAUAACGUGUCGGCGAGGUCGUCGGACAGUGAUGUAAGCGACGUGUCAGCCAUCUCGCGAGCCAGCAGUGCCUCUCGUCUCAGCAGCGCCAGCUACAUGUCUGUCCAAUCAGAGAGGCCACACGGACGGAUCAGUCGGCAGGUUCGGGCCUCGGCGGGUCGCAGCAUGUUAAAGAGCACGAGUGUGAGUGGCGAAAUCAACACGCCAGAGCGUACGGACGGCAGCCAGUCGGACACGGCGCUCGGCACAGUGGGCAGCAGCAGCAGCAAGAAGCGUCGUGCCAGCCUCAAUGCCCGCUUCGUAGCCAUCGUGGGCAACAGGCGCAGCCGCAGCACCUCGCAGAUCAGCCAGACAGAGGCGUCCACUAAAAAGUCAAAGGGAGGUGGGACGAUACAGCGGAGCCAGGAGACAGGCAUGGCCGUCGAGCUGCAGCGCAACAUGAGUCGACAGCCCAGCCGCGAGUCCAACAACGGCAGUAUGGCCAGCUACAACUCCGAGGGAAGUCCGAUCUUCCCAGCCGUGAGGGUGGAGACGCAGUUCAGUGACUUCCUGGAUGGACUGGGUCCUGCUCAGCUUGUGGGCCGACAAACUCUGGCCACUCCUGCUAUUGGAGACAUCCAGAUUGGCAUGGUGAACAAGAAGGGAAAGCUGGAGGUGGAGGUGAUCCGAGCCCGUGGCCUCAUCCAAAAACCAGGAUCCAAAUCUCUCCCGGCUCCUUAUGUAAAGGUGUACCUGCUGGAAAAUGGGGCAUAUGUGGCCAAGAAGAAAACGAAAAUUGCACGGAAAACGCUGGACCCGCUGUACCAGCAGACCCUGCAGUUUGAAGAGAGCCCACAGGGGAAAGUGUUACAGGUCAUUGUCUGGGGAGAUUACGGACGAAUGGACCACAAAUCCUUCAUGGGAGUAGCACAAAUCCUAUUGGAGGAGCUGGACCUGGCCAGCAACGUGAUUGGCUGGUACAAACUGUUUCCGCCCUCCUCCUUAGUAGACCCCACGCUAGCGUCGCUGACUAGGCGUGCUUCCCAGUCGUCUCUGGACAGUUCUUCAGGACCUGGGGGGAUUCGAUCCUAGUGCACUAAUUUACAAAGCACACUCCAAUCUCCAGAGAAUCAACAGAGGACAGGACAGGACCGCAAUCAGAGGCAGAGCGACAAAAUGCGAUGAACAAAAGACAAAGCUUUGACGAAAAAUGACAAUCACUCCUGUCGAUUACGUUGGGUUCGUAUUGUUUAUUUUUUUUCCCCUCUGUUGUGCGUCUGUGCAAAAUAAGGCCUCUACAUUCUGCCGAUUUUGUUCGCCCAUGACAAAAUCGUCUUAGCUACAAAUUAGUUAGGGCUGUGGAGCUACAGUACAAUUUUAAUAGCAACUUGGAGUAGCUAAAGCAGGGUGAUUUCCAACUGUUGUUAAAGAAACGUACAUUUAACAGAGCAGCAGAAUGUACUGACCUAGAAACACAAUGACGACCUCCGACCAAGAGAUUGUGGGGUCUCUGUAGAGACUCCUGUAUAAGCAAAGGUUGAAAGUCUAUAGGUUACGACCUUGAAAGAAACAGGGCCAUUCCAAAAGGGAUUUUUUGGUGCCUAAACAUCGAGGACCCCGGGCUACGGUCCAGUAUCCGUAGAACGUUACUGUUUUCAGGAUGUUUACCACAGCUGACGGAGGCAACGUUCUCCUCAAUGUUUCCUCUUUGUUUAUUCUUUCAGCUGAUUCUUUUCAUACCUCUAACACACCUGUUAGGAGGUUUGUGUUGUCUACAAAUGUACUGUGUGCAUGGUGAUGAUGCUGAGAAUGAGAAAAAAAUAGGACUUGAGAAAAAGUGUUUUCAAAAACAUUUACAACAAUUCAUUUUGCAUUCUCAUACAAUUUCUAUUCACACGUAGCAGAUUUCCAUAUGCUUUCACUCCUUUAACCCUUCCUGAUGGUCUAUGAGUGUACGAUAACGCUUCAGUUGCAGACUUCUGAAACGCCACAUUGACCAAAGACUCACAGUUCUAAACAUGAAGAGGACCAAAAAGGCGUAUUUGCGAUUCAAAAGAAAGACAUCACCAAAAAAAUGCUAACAUGGCUAAUAGAAAAGGAAAAGUAGUGAGGACCAGCACAAUUUUAUUUGUUUUGUUUAUAAAUGGUCACCACUAGCUUUCAUUUCUAUUAACAAAGUUGCUAUUUUUGGUUAAGGCAUUCCUUGAUUUCAUUACUAAAAGUCUUCUUUAUCGUCAUCGUCAGACUGAAAGGACCAUUCUUCCAAGAAAAGGUCAUUGGUGCCCUUUACACCUUGCAUUAACAUUUCAUCCAUUUUGUUCAGAUUUCAUUUCUCCAAUGCAAAAAUGCAAAUAAUAGCUAGCUACAAGGGCAGUGGUGGCUCAGUUACUAAGGCUUUGGGCUACUGAUCAGAGCUCAAAUCCCUACACCAAGCUGCCAUGUUGGGUUCCUGAGCAAGACCCUUAACCCUCAACUGCUCAAUUGUAUCCGGCAUCAACUACACAUCGCCAAGCCAAGCAUCAGCCAAAUGGGUAAAUGUAGAAGGUGGGAAUUAUCUAACUGCCAAUAUGACAGUUGCUGUAGAGACUCUAAAUGUUCUGUGGUAGCUGCUAGCAUAUUAGUAAUGUUGGUGAUUACAGUUAUGCAAAUUUGACAGAAAUCUGACAAAUUUUGUAGCAACACAACCUUACACCAAUGAAUACUGAUACAAAGCAGCACAAUGGGAAGAUCUUCAGUGGUAACGCUAGUCUGCUAGUUAACAUGAGCUAAUCUGACAGGAUUUCUAACAGAAUUUUAAGUGCCUAUAAAAUGGCUUGAUUUCAUUAUGCUGUAGUUUUGAAACAGGAAACGUGUCAAAAGGCUUGACUGAAUUCGACAACAAACAAAUAGCACUCAAACUAACUCAAUAGCGGCUUAGCAAACCGGCUAAACAUGCAGCAAAGAGUUUAAAGGGAAUUUUCAGAUGUGUAGAAUGUCUCACUGCCAAUUUGCCCAUUGCAACAUUGUUGGGAAAUGAGUGCAGACGCACACAUAUAUAUAUAUAAACUCCAGCCAUCUUUUCAACACACAAUAGACAGAAGCGGAACAAACAAAACUAUACAAACUCCCAUAUCUGUAGAGCGAUUAGUAGAGUAUGUUUGUAGAGUAGAGCGAUAAACGCAGUGCUAGACAAACAGCAAGUUCUAGACAGUGUUUGAUCGGAUGUAGAUUGGACAAAUACAAAUGAUAAACAGUUAAAUUAAAAUGAAAUCCACAAAACACAUUUUUAACAGUUUUGGUUUAUUUUUUCAGUGUGUACUGUAUGCUGGCUAAUUUGUCCACAAUGCCAAGAGACUUGGACAGAAAGAUCUAGAGCACCAGUUUUGCAAUUUCGCUUCCAUGGUCACUUUAAGGCGUAUUGACAAUUUGCACAGUAUAGACAAUUACAAUUCGAGUGAUGGUACUUGAUGACCCUUGUUGUAUUUGUAUCCUAAGUACUUUCUCUUGUUUUUGUCAGCCUUGAAAUCCAAUCAUAAUAAGCAGCAUAGCAAAAAGAUCAUGACUAGGUGGUAGAGCGAGCAUCACACUGAGCACUUUAUGAUGUUUAAAAAAAAAAAAACUGGCACACAAUCACAUUCUGACAGCAAUGGCUGAAAAUACUAGGGAUGCAUCAGACCAAGUAUGAAUACGCGUGAAUAUUUUUUGGUACUCGUCAAUGCCAGUACUGAUACUGUUACUGAAAUUCUUAACCAACUUAGUAAUUAAGCAAUCAGGGUUUAAUGGUACAUUUUAUUUAGCGCUGGUUAUGUUGGUUGUUGCUGUGUGCUGCUGUGAACAACUCCUUGUGCUUAAUGUUUUCUUUUUAAAAUCUUUCGCCAUUUAAACAGUAUGUUUAGCGAGCGGAGCAGUAUCAGCCAACAUGCUCGAUAAACAUGAACACUCUCUAUUUAAGAUACUGUUUAAAGAUAUUUUAUCACAUUAGUCGUAUCAUAGAAAGAUGCCUUAGUUAGGCCUCUUCACAUUUUCGCAUUGAUGUCAGCAUUAAUCAUGAAAUGCGUCCAGAUCGAUGCCAUUUCAUAUUGUCUAUUCAAUUUCACUAUGUUUACGUCACAUAGUGUCACAUGGUGUUGGAGCAUUUUUUAUGAGGACGUCAGACCGAUACUCAUAUCAGUGUUGAUGCAUCCCUAGCAAACAUGAUCAUGUUUGGAUGAUUGAAAAAUUGUUAAUGCAAGGUAUAAAUGGGGCCUUUUGUCUGGAAACGAGCGUUAAUUUUCAUAUACUGUUACAAAAAGGACAAUAUUAUAUAAAAGUGUAUGUUAUUUAUAUUAUCUCCAGAAAUCUAGGACCAGGCUUGGUGAAUUUUGUAAGAUGGUGCAAUAUAUAACACAUCAUAUUCUAUCAUAUUCGAGUCUUUUUCUUUGUUAAAGGUUUUCCUUUCCAUUUCCUCAUGCAUGCAUUUGGAUUUGAUCUAAAACACACUUUUUUUGUUUUGCAGUUCAAAUGCAAGCACAAGAAAUUUGAUGUGGUUUUUUUUAGAAGAAUGUAGAAGAAUUUAAAAAGACUAAAAAAAUUAGGGAAAGAAUUUGUUUUGUUCAUUUAUCUUUUUUUUUUUUUCAUUUAAUGUUCAUUUAAACAAUGCUCUUGUGCGAAGUUCAAGUGACCAAUCAGAUUUUGUCAUUGCUACUACAAACGCCAAUCAUCUGCCAGGCUACUGGCCCCUCCUACCAGAGGGGGCGGAGCAGCAUGACCUGUUCCAAGCUGCAUGCACAUUUUUAUAAACAGACAAAACACAACAACAAAAAAAGCUACAGAAAUAGAUACCUGUGUUAGUUCCACAUACAGUAGGCCAGCUUGUUUGUUGCAUGUACUUGUACAGUUUGCUUGUACUUGAUUAUAAAGAGAUAAACUAAGAAACUAAAGCCAUUCACUCUCAGAUCCGCGGAAAAAAAAAAAACCCUCCAGUACUUGUCCUACAUUCCGGUGAUGAAUGUUUUAUUUUUUCCUUGCAUUUCUUUGUCUUUUCUAAUCCCUUUGGGGAAAUAUGUGCUGUACUGUAAUACUGAUCAUAACCUAACCUCCUUCUUUUACAAAAUAUCUCAUAUGUAAAUGAUUCUUUACCUCCAAGAGACAGAGAUUAGCUAAUUAUACAUAAAUUAGAGUGACACAUAGCUACGGAACUGAACAGGUGUGAAAUACAAUAAUACAUGCACAAAAACACUGAAUGUGCACAGAUUGUAAAUAUGAAGUAACCAUCAAGUAGGUUAAGCCAUAUUUGCAAAAGGGGCCAAGGAUUUUCUUGCAAAAGACGUCUCAGUUCCCGAGGGACCGCUGACUCGCUGGAGCCGAGUCGAGACGUCAGGACCCUCCGCUAACAUCUCACGCUCAGCGGGCCCAACCGCUCCGCCACAACACGACCAUCUCUGUGCUUUCAAUACAAGCCUCACACUUCAACAAGCGUUCAUUGGAGGAAAAAAAUUAGCCAAGAUCAUUUCCUUUUUUUACGUGAGCCCGGUUUUCAUUUGACUUUAUCAGUAUUACUGGGUAGAAAAUGAAAAGAAAACACAAAAAAAAAAAAAAAACGCUGAUUGUUUACAACUCACAUUAUAUGUUCCACUGAAAUAAGUCAAGAAAAAAAUAGGAUACAUUUUAAAAAAGUAUUCACUUGCAACACUUUUGUUUGUAUAAAGAUGUGGCUCAAAUGAUGUGUAUGUUUUAUAUAUAUAAAAAAAGAGUUCAUUUUUAUUAUUUCCAAAUAAAAAAGUGUGUGGAAGAAAUAUUUUGUACUGUUCAU